UCGCAGCUGUCAAUGGAGAAGCUGUCAAAUGUGGAGACAUCGGCUACUGAGGAGGAGGAGGGGGGACCGCUGAGCGUUUCCAAGUUAAUGGGCGGCAGCAUCACGGCCAAGGACAUUAGACUGCUGCAGCAGGCCAGCCUGCACACUGUGGAGGCGGUGGCCAAUGCCACAAAGAAGCAGCUGAUGGCCAUCCCCGGACUGGGCGGCGGCAAGGUGGAGCAGAUCAUUACGGAGGCAAACAAACUGGUACCUCUGGGCUUCCUCAGUGCCCGCACCUUCCAUCAGAUGCGAGCGGACGUGGUACAAUUAACGACAGGCUCCAAGGAACUGGACAAACUUCUAGGCGGUGGCAUUGAGACAGGUUCCAUUACGGAGAUCUUUGGAGAGUUCCGUUGCGGCAAGACGCAGAUCUGCCAUACCUUGGCGGUCACCUGCCAGCUGCCCAUUAGUCAGAAGGGUGGCGAGGGCAAGUGCUUGUAUAUUGAUACGGAAAACACCUUCCGGCCGGAGCGGUUGUCAGCCAUUGCUCAACGUUACAAGCUCAACGAGGCUGAGGUCCUCGACAACGUCGCGUGCUCGCGGGCCUAUAACUCGGACCAGCAAACGCGACUCAUUCAGAUGGCAGCGGGCAUGCUCUUUGAAUCCAGAUACGCCGUCGUCAUAGUGGAUAGUGCAAUGGCUCUGUACCGUUCGGAUUAUAUUGGACGAGGCGAGUUGGCCGCUCGGCAGAACCAUUUGGGAUUAUUCCUGCGCAUGCUGCAACGUCUAGCGGAUGAGUUUGGCGUGGCCGUUGUGAUUACCAAUCAGGUGACAGCCUCGCUGGACGGUGGCCCAGGCAUGUUUGCGGGAGAUGCCAAGAAACCGAUCGGAGGACAUAUAAUGGCUCACUCCUCGACCACGCGACUAUAUCUGAGAAAAGGCAAGGGCGAGACGCGAAUAUGCAAGAUAUAUGAUUCACCCUGCCUGCCGGAAUCAGAGGCAAUGUUUGCCAUCCUGCCAGAUGGCAUAGGAGAUGCCAAGGAAAAUUGAUUCUUUAUUAUUAAUUAGUACGUAAGAAGAGCCUAAAGCUUAAAUAUAUUUAUAAAAUAAAUUGAUUAUGAAUGCAA